GUAUUAAAAUGAGGAGGAGGAAGAAGAAGCAGCGGCAGCGGCGGCAGCGAGCGGUAGCGGAGAGGAGGAGAGGCUGUGAGCAGGGGACGGCGGCGGCAGCAGCAGGAGGAGGAGUAGUGAUGAGUCAACUAAUAAUUUAAUGGGGACAGAAACAGAGAGGGAGAGGGGGGGGGGGAGCGGAGCGAGGAGCUCCGGCCGGGGACACACACACACAUACACACACACACACAGAGAUAUCCGUGUAACAUCCAGCAACAACACCGAACCGGCCUAAAUCACCACCGUGCCCAGGCAGCCAGGGGAAGGGAGCACUAAAAAACAGACAGGGAGGGAGACAAAAAACAAAGCCUGCCAUUAUUAUUCUUUUUCCAUUAUUAUCGUGGUUGGGUUUUUUUGUGUGUGUGCGGUUGUUGUUUUUUUGUUGUUGUUGUUGUUGUUUUUCUUUUUUUUUUCUGGUUUGGGUUUUGUUGUUGGCUUUUUGCAACCUUUCCAUUUGAUAUUUUCUCCCCCUACCCCCUCCAUCCCCAUCUCGCUCGUAACUCUUCUCCGGAGUUCCCAGAUUUUUAUUUUUAUUUUAUUAUAAUUUUUUUUUUCUUUCGCUUCGCAGACAGGGGGCCAGAUCUAAUUAUUUAUCUAUUUAUUUGAGCACUGAUCUUUUGGGGAUUGGUUUUUAAUUUUUUAUUAUUAUUAUUGUUGUUGUUUUUUUUUUUCCCAUCCUCGUUUCUCCCGGCUUUGGACUCGCAGGGAGUGCAACCUCGUCACUUUUUGUAGUGGUGCUGCUGGGUGCUUCCUUCCUCCCUCCGCGCUUUCUCUCCCUCCUCUCUCUGCGCUCCCCCCGCGCCCACAGCAGCCCCCGGUAAAUGAGAGGAGACAGGUCCUCCUCUCUGCAUUUUUUUUUUUUUCUUUCCUCCCGGGACCGCAAAGGCGAGAUUAAAAGUGGCGUUUUAGUGCCUUUCUCCUGCGAUUUUCUCGACACUCUUUUUUUUUUCUUCUUUUCUUUUUCUUUCUUCUUUUUUUUUUUUCUUUUUUCUUUUUCUUUUUUUUUUUUUUUAAAUCUCCCGUAGCGAUCUGCGAGGCUGAGGUUUCCGCAGAAAGUUUGGGGGCUGUUACGGUGUGUAUUUCUGCGGAGGGGGAGGGGAGCGGGCUCCUUCUGUGUGUGCUGCUCCUCUGGGUGCCUAUUGGAGAAUAAUAGUGUAAGUGACAACCUAGAAGUAGACUUUCUGCUCUUCACACUGGAUAGAAAAGCUGCCUUUUUUUUUUUUUUUUGGCUUUGAUUUUUUUUUUUUUUUUUUUUGCUAAUACCCCCCUCUCUCUCACUUGCAUUGGUUUUAUUUUUGAAAGGACAGCCAGACUUAAGUCACCUCCCACCUCCAUUUAAACCUGCUACUUUAUUUUUAUUUUUAUUAUUAUUCUGAAUUUUGAGCACUUGUCUGAUCAAUUGCUCUUCAGCUCCUUCCUCCGCCGAUCUCUCAAAAGAUAUUUAAUAUAGAUUAUUAUUAUUAUUAUUUUUUGUCCAUUGCCAUUUUUGCUCAUGGCUACUCUGUUUCUCGCUACCUAUUUUUGCCCCUCCCCGCCUAAAGGAAAAUAGCAACAAGAAAGCAAGAGAAAAAAGAACAACAAAAAAAAAAGAAUAUUAGGGGAAGUAGUCCUCAGGUCUGCUGCCCCCCGCGCCCCCCAGAAAGGGGGGACCUAGGAAAACAUCACUCUCGAACUUCUUCCUCCUCAAGAGCUCGGGCUGCAAAGGAAACCUCCUUUGUUUUUGUUAUUUAUAUGCUGUCAAGUUUUGAAGUGGUCACAGCGAAAGCUUGGCCUGGAUCGCGAGAGCCAUAUGGAACGGAUAAGUGCGGAGCCUCUCUCAAAUGUGAUCUUUAGAGGCGGGACUGAGUAUGGAUCAUUUGAACGAGGCAACUCAGGGGAAAGAACAUUCAGAAAUGUCUAACAAUGUAAGCGAUCCGAAGGGUCCACCAGCCAAAAUUGCGCGCUUGGAACAGAAUGGGAGCCCAUUAGGAAGAGGAAGACUUGGAAGUACAGGAACUAAAAUGCAAGGAGUGCCUUUAAAACACUCUGGACACCUGAUGAAAACUAAUAUUAGAAAAGGAAGUAUGCUUCCAGUUUUCUGUGUAGUGGAACAUUAUGAAAAUGCCAUUGAGUACGAUUCUAAGGAGGAGCAUGCAGAAUUUGUGCUGGUGAGGAAGGACAUGCUUUUCAACCAACUGAUCGAAAUGGCAUUGCUAUCCCUUGGAUAUUCUCACAGCUCUGCUGCCCAAGCUAAAGGGCUUAUCCAGGUUGGAAAGUGGAAUCCAGUUCCACUCUCCUAUGUGACAGAUGCCCCUGAUGCUACAGUAGCAGACAUGCUGCAAGAUGUGUAUCAUGUGGUCACACUGAAAAUCCAGUUACACAGUUGCCCUAAACUAGAAGACUUGCCUCCUGAACAAUGGUCUCACACGACAGUAAGAAAUGCUCUGAAGGACUUACUGAAGGAUAUGAACCAGAGUUCAUUGGCCAAGGAAUGUCCCCUUUCACAGAGUAUGAUUUCUUCCAUUGUGAACAGCACUUACUAUGCAAAUGUCUCAGCAGCAAAAUGUCAGGAAUUUGGAAGGUGGUAUAAACAUUUCAAGAAGGCAAAAGAUAUGAUGGUUGAGAUGGAUAGCCUUUCUGAACUAUCCCAGCAAGGUGCCAACCAUGUCAACUUCGGUCAGCAGCCGGUCCCAGGGAACACAGCCGAACAGCCUCCAUCCCCUGUUCAGCUUUCUCAUGGUAGUCAACCAUCAGUUCGGACCCCACUUCCAAACCUGCACCCUGGACUUGUAUCUACUCCCAUUAGCCCUCAGCUGGUAAAUCAGCAGCUGGUAAUGGCCCAGUUGCUGAAUCAGCAGUAUGCAGUGAACAGACUUCUAGCCCAGCAGUCCUUAAACCAACAGUACUUGAACCACCCUCCUCCUGUCAGUAGAUCCAUGAACAAGCCGUUGGAGCAGCAGGUCUCAACAAACACAGAGGUGUCUUCCGAAAUCUACCAGUGGGUCCGUGAUGAACUGAAACGAGCAGGAAUCUCACAGGCAGUAUUUGCACGUGUGGCUUUUAACCGAACUCAGGGCUUGCUCUCAGAAAUCCUCCGAAAGGAAGAGGAUCCCAAGACUGCCUCGCAGUCCUUGCUCGUAAACCUUCGGGCUAUGCAGAACUUCUUGCAGCUGCCAGAAGCUGAACGAGAUCGAAUUUACCAGGAUGAAAGGGAAAGGAGCUUGAACGCAGCCUCUGCCAUGGGCCCUGCACCUCUCAUAAGCACACCGCCCAGCCGGCCUCCACAAGUCAAAACUGCUACUAUUGCUACGGAGAGGAAUGGAAAAACAGAAAAUAAUUCCAUGAACAUUAAUGCUUCCAUUUAUGAUGAGAUUCAGCAGGAAAUGAAGAGAGCUAAGGUGUCUCAAGCGCUGUUUGCAAAGGUGGCAGCAACCAAAAGCCAGGGAUGGCUCUGUGAGCUGUUACGUUGGAAAGAAGAUCCCUCACCAGAGAACAGGACCCUCUGGGAGAAUCUCUCCAUGAUCCGAAGGUUCCUCAGUCUUCCUCAGCCUGAACGCGAUGCCAUUUAUGAACAAGAAAGCAAUGCAGUUCAUCACCAUGGUGACAGGCCUUCCCACAUUAUCCAUGUGCCAGCAGAACAGAUUCAGAGCCCCUCUCCCACCACCCUUGGGAAAGGAGAGCAUAGAGGAGCUUUCUUACCAGGCCUGCUGACCGCUGGACCUUGGCUGGGUGCUGCUCCGCAGCAGCAACAGCAGCAGCAGCAACAGCAACAACAGCAGCAGCAGCAACAGCAACCGGGUCCCAGACUCCCCCCAAGGCAACCGACGGUAGCAUCACCAGCUGAAUCUGAGGAUGAAAAUCGUCAGAAACCCCGGCCACGAACAAAGAUUUCUGUUGAAGCCCUAGGGAUCCUACAGAGUUUCAUACAAGAUGUGGGCCUGUAUCCUGAUGAAGAAGCAAUCCAGACUCUCUCCGCUCAGCUUGACCUGCCCAAGUACACCAUCAUCAAGUUCUUUCAGAACCAGCGGUAUUAUCUCAAGCACCACGGAAAGCUGAAGGACAAUUCUGGGUUGGAGGUAGAUGUUGCAGAAUACAAGGAAGAAGAGUUACUCAAGGAUUUAGAAGACAGCAUCCAAGACAAAAAUGCAAACACGCUUUUUUCAGUUAAACUAGAAGAAGAGUUAUCGGUAGAAGGGAACACAGAGAUUAAUGCUGAAUUGAAAGACUGAUCUAAAAAUAUUAUUUUCUUUCAACAGUGCCACUGGUAUUUACUAAUGAAAUGAAAAUUCCAUCUUGCGUUCUGUCAAAAACCUUUAUUAUUCAUUGUUUGGCCAAUGAAUCUUCCAAAACUUGCACAAAAGUUGAAAAAAGGAUAAUGCAGACUGCACUAGAUGUUUUACUCUGUUUUACAAACUGCUUCGCGGCAACAGAUGAAGCAUUGAGGAUUGUUUGAUAUUAAUUUGUGUUCACUGGAUACACUGUGAGUGUACCCAAUAAGCAUGAUACCAGUGAUUUUGAUUCUGGAGCCUUCAGACAAGCAUUACAACUUUUGUGAUUUACUGUUUUUUGUUUUCAUUAUGUUCUUGUUUUUAAUUAUUACUGUAGCACUCCACACUUGAUCUUUGGAAACUCACAUUUAUUUAAAAAAAAUAAAAUAAAAAGAGUUUGUUACUCUUGUUCUAUUGUAUGUUACAAAAGAACUAUAGACUGUGGAAUGCAGUUUAAAGAUAACAUAUGCCAACAAAUGCCUUGUAUUAUAUGGCACUGCCGUAAUUCAGAUUUGUUUUCUUUUGGAAAUAAAGGUCACUGUAUUUUUUUUUUUCCAUUCUCAUUGUUACAUGGUUUUAAAGAAAAUGAAAAAGAAAAUGUGAAACACGAUUUAGUCCUCAUUAUUUAUUUGUAGAUCCUGCAGCAUCAUGUUGUAAUUAAUUUUUUUGGAAGUUUCCGUUAAAUGUAAUAUUGCUUCUCUUGUUAUCAUACUGAUUUUUUUUUUCUAUUUAUAAAUGUAUUUUGAUGGGCAGUAAAACAAAGUGUCUUAAAAGUUUUAAAUAGAGAAAAUGUGCUUUACACAGUUGCCUAUAAAAAGUGCUCUAUGUUAUCCAAGCAAUUCAUACUAUAAGCUUCACUCUUAUUGUUGUAUGCAAUUUUUACUAUCAUGCAAAUAAGCUUAGGUAAAUAAAACUAAUAGAUCACCUUAGAAACUUAUGCAAUUAAUGUGAAAAUAAUUGAUGUUUGCAAUGUGUCUUCCUUUGGUUUACAAUCAAUUUUAAAGCUACAGCUGUAUAAAUUUUCUGUAUAAAGGUGUAUUUCUUUUUUAUGAGUUUAUUGCUAUGAAAACACCAGUUAUUUUGUUACAGCUGGCUGUUUUUAUAAGUGUAUCACAAUUUUCUUUAUGCAGAAAUGUUCUGACUAGGAGUGGUUAUUGACUGUAACUACACAAUUAAAAUUGUUUGUAUGGUAUGAUA